AUGGCGACACUUGUGAAAGAGAAGCGUAAAGAGAAAAACAAAUCAAAAGAAAAAUCUACCAGAAAACAUGAAAGACCUACUAGUGCAGAUACUUUGAUUGCUCAUGAAAUAGCAGAUACAGAACUACAAAGUGAUAUACAAAAUGAAACAGGGAUUUUAUCUAAGACUGGAAGUAUUAUUGCAUCGGAGAACAAUAUUUCAUGUAGCAGUGUUAUAGAAAAUGAUGUUAUCAAAAUCUCUACUCAAACUAGUCAAAUUUGUAACUUAGAAGCCAAGGCUAUAGAGAAAGAAUAUAUAGAUAUAAAAUGUCCAAAUGUUGGUAAACAGGAUUCUAAUUUGAGUAAAGAAGUUAAUAGUUCUAAGAUACAAAAUGUAAAAGUGAAUUUAAAAAAUAAUGAAACAAUAAAAGCACAGACAGUAGUUGAUUCUUACAGAGAAUUGAAUAAGAAGCUACAAAGAAUGCAAAUACCAAGUUAUGACCAAGAAUCUCUUGUCGAAAUUGAAGAUAAGGUUAUAGGUAAUGAGAUUACACCAUCAGCACCAUUACUUGAGUUGCCUGUUGAAGUAAAGACUGAACUGACUGCACCAAAGUCUUCUGAGCCUAUUGUUAGAAAGCUACAAGAAUCAUGUAUGCCAUUAGAAGAAGCUUUAAGAAUAUAUGGAGGGAGGGAGAUAGCAGAGGUACGAGAAAUGAGUGAGAGAGAGGAGGCAGCUGUUGAAACGGGACCUUUGAGUGGACCUGAACAUCCCCUAGUAGAUCUGUUAUCCACAUUUAGAUCCUCUCUAUCAGUCCUGGAAAAAGAACGAGUUAACAUCAAUUGUGGUUACACGGAAGAAGAUAAACGUCGUGCACUUCUUUGGAGAAUUGAAAGGCGAAGUAUUUUAUUAUCUGAAAAGUGCCCAUGCGGCGCAAAUGUAGAUCUUCGUGUAGUGUAUGAUUAUGCUGAGCUGCUGAAGGAUCGGCUGCCGGCUGCCAAAUUGAGACUAGAAGGGUUACUUCGUGAUGUACAGGAGUCAUACUGUCAUCAUCAGCAUGCUGCUUUAAUGGCCCAUUGUCAGAUAGAAGAAUUAAUAUCUGAAACAAUACAAAGCAACAAAGUUGAGAUUCGCGAAGCGCUGACACUAGUCUUACACGCGUGCCGUAUAAGUGAUGGAGCACCAGCUGUCUAUCCUAAAGCUUUGGAGCGUUGGGCCACCUUACUGACUGAGGCUUUGGUAGAUGAGAGAGACCUAAGGCAGCUUCUGUUUGUUAUACAUCAUUUGUUCAGACAAAGCCGCUCUGUGCAAUGGGCCGGUCGUGUCAUACGUAUGCGCGCGCAGGAUACGUCAUCAGCGGCCAGGCUUAUUGCCGUCUUGGACAUCCUUCUCACUGGGUCCUCACCAUUUGAUAAUGCUCUCGAGUGUACAGAGGAAUUUGACACGUGGGAAGAAGUAGACGUGAAAGGUGACAGCGGUGCAGUGGGGGAGGGGCGUUUGCGAGAAAGAGACCUAUUAAUUGUGCUCAACUCCUUACCCCUCAGAGAUCUUGUGGCGAGGAUCGCUUUAUUUGGAAGAUCGGAUAUAAGCCAAACUAGUGAAUACGAAUGGGGCGACUCGUCUGGAGGUCAUGGAAUACUCAAAGCGUGUUGCGGCACGCGGGUUCUGCUAGAUGUUGUAUCGCGUGGUGCGCGGGCGCAGAAAGGAUAUCUACGCUUGCGUGAGAAGUUGCGAACACUUGCGACUAGUAUGCUGCAAGCGUUAGCUGCUUUACAUAUGCACUCGAGCGCCUCCUACAAACUAGAGCUGGAGAUGAAGAUAUCAAAAGAGUUGGAGGGUUGCUUCGCUGCUGGUAUUUCUAUGAUGGGAGAAGAGUUACACAGACUACCAGCUACAUUGCUGUCUAACGAUACGGCAAGGGAAUAUUGUAUGGCGUUUGAGAAUUUACAUGAUAGUAAUCCCCAGCACGUGGAGCCGCUACGUGUGGAUGUGCCGGUUCUCUCCUGCGAAUCUCGAGUCAAAGUUCUCGCUCAAAUCGCCAUCGAUCGGCUAAUGGAUCGCGAGUUGGCUACUGUUGUUCUGCAGUUUUUAUUUCAGAAGUGCUCUUGCGACGUGGCGGCGCGUGACAGCCUCUGCCGACUGAUAGAUGUUCACUCGUACCUUCACACACCUGCCUUUCAUAUAUUCGCUGAUAUUUCGCACGGCGAAGCCAUAGACACCGAGAUGGUUAAACAUCUACACGUCGAAAAAUGGCGUCCGACCCCCGGCGAUCUCCAAGUAGUGUUGAAUGACUGGUCGCAAAGGUGCCCGCAAUUUAUACAGCAGUUGUUAAUGAGUAUGGACUAUACUCCACAUAGUGGCGUACUACUAGAGAGUCAACUAUACAUUGGAUGGUGGUUAACACAAAUGCCCGAAGUCCCGGACUGGGCGUGGACCUUGUUACGCGUUUUACGCCUACAUCGGUCCCAUUGGGCGUUGCCGUAUGAUGCCCCUAGCGUUGACAAACCACCAGAGACACUGUUGGAAAUGAUGUUUGCAAUAUUGGCGUCUGAUUGGGGACAUUGUAUCCCACUUGCCUGUGAACCAGGGGUAGAAGCUCUACAUCGCCUAUCAGUAUCUCGUCCAAUAGAAGCGGUGCACUGUUUGGGACGACUCAUGACUCUGAUGGCGCACUCUCCAGAGUCUAUCUCUUUCACACCUAAGUUUUCAGAGGUGGUAACGGUUAUACUAAAUUGGGGUCCAAAUGUCGUGCAACGGGCGUUUGGGCGUGGUGGACAAAGCGGCAGUGAUCUACUACUGAGUCUCAUUAUAAAUCAAUUAUUGGAUACAGAAUUGCGUUUGGAGUUUCGCAGCGCAUUACUAACGGCUUGGCUUCGCGCGUUAUGGACGCCAUCGCAAAUCAGCUCGAGUAGAGCGAUUUUAGAUGCGGCUGUACGGGCUACUCAAGACUGGAGGACGCUAGAUGCGCAUGUUACUGUUUUGCUUCAGGAAGAAAACAGCAAACAGUACAUUGAUGAUGCGCUACGACAUGCCUUUACAGCACCACUUUUGUGCGAAAGUGUACUACGCCGUGCGCACGGGAUAGAAUUAUCUAGUGAAAUGUACAAUCGUGUACUAGAUAUAUUAGCAGCACAGAAAAUCAACAAGCAAAAGAUACAUGUUGACAAUGCUAUUAAGCAAGCGGGUGCUACUACGACUUCAGAUGAGCUGGUAAUACAUCGUACUGCUACCGCCAUCUUGAAUGUUCCGUUUUCACAUCCGGCCCAUUUGACACUGUGGAGACUUUUCUUUCAUCUGUAUUUACAAAGGCCGCCCGCCAGUCCCCACGAAUUUACAACACCAGUUGGCCCUCUAUUCUUCAGUGGCUUAGUAAAGACUCGCACUCUCGCACAACUAAAGAAACGCCUUCAAGACACGAUUACAUACCACCAUAGCGCAAUAGAAUCUUGUAACCAAACCCCGAAAAUUGACCAACCGCAAACAUCAAUGAAAAGAAUCGAAAAGAGUCCCACUUCUGAUAAUAUAUUCCCAGAACUAUCGAUUGUCGAUAUGGUGGAUGAAUCGAGUGAAGAAUCGAAUUGUUCCGAUGAAGAAGAUAAACAGAGCGAGAUCUUCGAAAUUGCAACCGUAGAAAAUGAUAAUUCUUGUAUACUGGCCUAUCACAGUGGAGCUGAAAAACUAGCUCGCGAACACAGCCGUUGGUUAGAGGAAGGGGAGAAAGUUCGGGCUUCACCACACCACGCUGAUAUUGCCAGAUUUGUACCGGAACAUGCUCUAUCAGCAGCGUGGCAUAAGUGCCUGCAGAAUCUUUCUCCUAAAUCACCCACCAUCCCAAAGAUACCUCAAAUAACUGAAGCAAAUAAUCUUACGUACCACGAGAUGGCACUAAAGGCAAUACACGCUGUCAAAGAUAGAGCUCAUAUAAGAAGAAAAAAAAUCAUCGUUAAAUCCUUAGUGGAACAGGUUAACUUCAACGACGCCCGCACUGUGUUAAGGCUUAUCGAACAACACCUUACGGAAGUUGAAAAGUUCGCCCGAGAGUGGUCCAGCGAGGUCCAACGUAUAUCGCAGUUGGACGUACAAUUGUGGGAGUCGGUUAGAAAACUGCGCGUGCGCAGAGCUCUCCCACCUGUCAAAAAAAGCUGUCCGCAGAAUUGUAGGCCUAUUACUCUUCGUAUAGCGGAGGACGAAUGGUGUAUAUCUACUGCAGCAGAACGUGAAAUUCAAGAAAAUAGACGGUCGGCCCGUGCUUCCGUUCGUCGCUUGUGCAGGCCGCGCCCGCACUUUGCUCGUACUGCCGCUACUUUACUAGCUGCAGCUAAGCGUACUAGUAACGCGGAGACGGCAGUGAGUAUCUGCGAGAGAGUGUGGCGAUAUACUCCGAUGGCUCAUUCUUGCACGCCUGCGCAACAACUCUUCACUAACACAGUGACGCUUCUAGCUGAGAAGUGGAUAUGUACGGACUCCCGCCGUUCAGCAGAUUUGCUGUCUCGAUGGAGUCACGGUGAUCCAUCUCAGCAGUUACUCUGCAGCAGCUUAAUAUCGCCCUUGAAACUGCCCAUGCGCGAUUGGGCGCAAGUCUAUAUGGCCACUUGCAAGGCAAAUCUACCCUCACACGCUAUGUUCAGUUAUCUCUCUAAGUUUGACAUGCCCCGCUGGUCUCGAGAGGUGGAUACGAAACAACGGAAAGACGUGCUGGAGGCGUUAACUGCUACCGCCCAAAAAUGGGGGGCGAAGCCCGAUCAAGAACACUAUAUGCUUAUCGAGCUAUUAGGCGUGCACUCACACGCAGUAGUUACGGCAUCAGAAUUAAGCGAGCACAUCUGUAACUCCUGCCAAUGCGCAUCCAGGGUUACUCUUCCACCGGAGUACUGUGCAUAUCUAACGAGAUCUGUACAGUCGCACGCGCACCAGUUAUCCUUCGACCAGAUUGGUCAUCUACUCCGAGACAUUGGAUCUUUGUGGUGGGAGGCGCGUAAGGCUGCGUUGAACACUGAAAUGUAUGUGCAUUACGCACCGCAUAUGAGCGAUCUGUUGACGGCCUUACAGCGAGCAUUUGUGGCAGCCGCGCUGGCUUUAAGCUACGCUGCGGAACGAGUAACACUAUAUGCCUGGUCCUCUUUAUUGGAGUCGUGGUCAGCAUGGAUAUCCCCACAUUCGCUUCCACCCUUGUUGCCUUCCGCCUGCGAGGAUGAGCAGUACUCUCUAAUGCUGCACCAUUUCGUGGACUGCAUCAAGCAGGUGAUGGGAGAUUGUCCCGACAGCACAGAAUCCCUCCUUUGUGAAAUCUGGUCUUGGACCGUGGAAACAUACUGUGCCAACAGUACGAACAGUACUCAAGAAUGUCGCGUGCAACUGUCCGCUAUGUUGUCUGUGCUUGGGCAGGAGCUAUCCUGGCAGCACCAGUGGUUCCGGCCCACCUGUCUACCUAGAGCUAUACAGAUAAGCAAAUCAACAGACAGGGAAAUUACGUCUUGGUGCAGUGCAACUCUAAGUCAUACAAAAGCUGAGACUUGGCUACACGCAGUCCCCGAACAACACCUGCCGCCAACAUUGGGUGCACUUUUCGAGUUGUUCACGUCAAAAAAUAUGCAAUUUUCUCAACAGUGUUUGUCAGAGUGCUGUGGUAUCUGCUGGUGGAGGCUUCCAACUCCAGCCCUAGACCAACUGUUGGAGCAGUUCUAUUUUCAACACCACAACCCCGCAAUGCCGUACCACGAACUCCCUCAGUUUCGUGUGUUGCUCUCAGCAUGUCAACUCUACGUACAUCCAAAUACUCCAGCGGCCGUUAUGAAUAAUGCCUCUUCACACGAGAAGCGUUGCCGCAGCGUGUCGCAGUACAUACGCGCGAUUGUGUCGCCGCCAUUACAGUCGCAUCUUAGGGCACAGGUCAAACGAUUGUUGCAAAUUAUUGGAGAAUUAGCGCCGCACAUUGCGCAGUGCGAGGGUCAGAUAGAAGAAAUCCUGAGCCGCGCAGUUAUUAUACUGUGUAUGGAACCAGCUGCAAAUGUGGUACUGCCUUUAUUCGUCCAAUGGGUGGCGUCGUGCAGCGACUCACUCCGUGUUGCCAGUAUGACCGCCGUCGCUACGCUCACAGACUUCGAGUAUUUUCUACCGCUGGCGGAGAAAAUAGUUAGGACUCAUAUAAAUAAAGAUAGUACCGGUUGGAAAGAACUACAGUUGCGUUGGUCAACUAGUGCAUGGUGCGAAGCCAGCGCGUGUAUAAAACGCGGCGGUUUGCACGCUGCGUACGCGCUCCUUCGCGCCCGCUGUAACGAACACACGCCCGCUCGUCUGAAAGACGCCUUAACAGCACUCCAUCACACGGAGAUAAAUUUUUCUGAGAAUGAAGAAAUAGUGGCAUUGUGGAUAUGCGUAGCUUUUCGACUUGCUUCAACCUUGGGAGAAGAAGAUGAUAUGAGGGAAUGUCGAAAUGUUGCAAAAGAAUUACUUGAUAAAUGGGCGAUUGAAAAUAAACGAUCUUUACUACAAGUAGUCGCAUUACAAGCGACAGUGCCGGCGCCUACACCUCGGCACCGCUUACUCUGUCGUCUUGCCCAAUGCUCAACAUCGUCUUCGGAAUCAAACAUACGCUCUUACGAAGCAGCCGUCACUGCGGUGCUAGGUUCAACACCCGGUGACGUCAUCACGUGGCACAAAACACCGACGCUCAAAAGACUAGUCCAAUUAGCUAAUAAAUUGUAUCCCAAUAAGGAGUUGUAUUUCAAGGACGAAUUAGACAUUGCCGAUAAUGUUAAAUAG